AUGCAGCUUCUUAUCACAAAAGACCCAUCUUCGAGUCAUCCACAUGGAAUGUCCGUGUCCCAAGGGACGAUCCACGAAGGUCCGCCAAUCAAUUUGAUACUAUUGCCGUUGAGGUUUGAGCCUCUUCCUCUCGGUUCUAUCAAGCCGCUGGGAUGGCUUGGUCAACAGAUGGACCUCAUGGCCAACGGUCUUCCAGGCCAUUUGCAUGACUUCUACCGCCCUGUCAAAGAUGCUCCCUGGCUCGGCGGCGACCACGAAUACUCAUGGCUUAAUGAAGCAUGGCCCUACUCAUAUAAUGCCCUUGUCCCACUGGCAUGGACCACCGACAACGCACGAUUGAAACAUCAUGUUCUCCAGGUCACCGAUUGGGUCAUUGGACAUCAGCACGCAGACGGAUGGCUCGGGCCGGAAGAGAACCUGUCCCGUCGAAAUUUCUGGGCCAGAUACCCCCUCUUCUUGGGCUUCAUGCAGCUGGUCGAAGCCGAGCCCGAGCUGGGCGAGACCAUGGUGUUACCAGCAAUGCAUCGCUUCGUCCGGCUGAUGUAUUCUAUGCUCCAAGACCACCAUCAGGGCUAUGUCUGGAAACCCGGGGAUCUGUUCGACGAGCAAUGGGGUCGAUCCCGUGCGGCAGACAUGGUCCUGGCCUUGCAGUGGCUUUACGAGAAAUAUCCCAUGGGCAAUGAAAAGGCCAUCCAUUACUGCAUGGUCCAGAUGUAUGAGAUGGCCUAUGACUGGUCAUAUUGGUUUCAUGAAGAUCACUUUUUGAAAGGCGACCUGGACACGUACCCGCAAGAUCUUACAAACAGCCUGUUCCCCUAUGUCCAUGGCGUCAAUGCUGGUCAAGGGUUGAAAUGGGGCGGCGUCAUGAGAAGGCUUGUCCAAGACGAUGCGCUUCUCAAUGCGACUAGAAACGGAGUCGACUGGACUUUCCGCUACCACGGGACCCCAUCCGGUGCGAUCAUUGGGGAUGAACGUGAGGCAGGGCUGAGCCCGGUUCGUGGCACUGAGCUUUGCAGCGUGGUGGAAUCAAUCUUCUCCUUGAACUAUUUGUAUCAAGCCGUGGGAGACGGCGACUUUGCCGACAAAUCCGAGUUGGCCGCCUACAAUGCUUUGCCUGUCAUGUUGAUGCCCCACUGGUGGGCUCAUCAGUACAUCGCACAGACAAACCAGCCCAUCAGUCAUCGCCUUGACAAUCCCCCAUUCUGGAAUGUUGGGCCCAUGGGCCAAACCUUUGGGACGGAGCCGAACUUCCCGUGCUGCACCGUCAACAUGCAGGGAUAUUCCAAAUUCGUUCCAGCCAUGUUUGUAAAAGACGGCGAAGACGGAUUGGUCCAUACGUUGCUGGGCCCGGCUCAUGUUAGCGCCACGUUGAAAAAGCGAAACCAGAUACGAAUUCGAUGCGAUACGAACUAUCCUUUCAGCAACUACCUCAACUAUGAGAUCAAGGCGAGGUCAGCUUUUCGAUUCUCGUUCAGGGUUCCGUCCUGGGCUAUUCCAGAUGCAAGCAUUGUCAUGGUCGAUCGUGGGAAAAGGCACCACCUCGCGCCGGACAACAGCACAGGCCUGCAUACGAUGGUCAUUCCAGCUGGAAGGACCCGCAUCGAAGUCUCGUUCAGCACAAAGCUUCGAGUCGAGUCGAGAGCCAACGACACCGUGUCCGUCUACUACGGUGCUCUACUAUAUGCUCUGCCAAUCGCUGGAGACUACACCGCCUCGCGUCCAGCCAACUAUCCGGGAAUGGAGGCUCCUGCCGAGGCAAAUGACUGGUCGAUUCUCCCAAGAGAGUACUGGAACUUGGCCAUCGACCCGACAGCUUUGAAAUUCUAUGAAUAUCCCAACCGGUAUGAUGAGUGGCUCCCUCAUCCGAUCUGGCACGAAGACCGGCCGCCUGUCAGCAUCUCGGCACUCGCCUGCCAGAUAGACUGGGAGCUACAAGAUGGGUAUGCACCAAACCCACCCUUGGCUGGUCAGCGGAAUUGCACCGGAAGGGCCUUUCCGGUCGAACUGCGCCCGUAUGGCAGUGCGAAGCUGCAUAUGGCCGAACUGCCUACCGUGAACUUACGACCAGGCAGUCCGGACUUGUGGCGACCGGGGCCAGGCCUGAGAAGGACCUCCAGUACCAGUCAUGAGCUAGAGAGGUAG